GCACCUUGGUAAAGAUCAUAUGUCUUUUAAAUUGAGGAAAGAGCUUACUGAGGAGCAGUUAAGAGCCUUCACCAAAUAUAAGCUAGAUAGAGGAGAUCCUAUUUUGGAUGAAGAAUUUCAGCGACUCAAGACAGAAGUUAGCAACAAACGGGUCAUUCGCAAUCUACAAGAGACAAUCAAGGAAUUUCAUCCUAGUUUUGAUCCACUGGUUAAUAAUACUUGGGUCAACAGGUUCAGGGCACAAAGACGGUUUCAACAAGCAGCACGCAAGAUCAUGAUUCAGCGACGAUUACUCAAUAUGUUGAAUGCUAUUCGUGAAAUGGACAGGAAGAGUGUGAUAAGAAAGCUGAGCCACGUGAAACAAUCAGCACAAGACAAGAAUCUCUCCAAAUACCUUCGGCCACGGAUCAGUCAGGAUGAUUAUUCUGUCCACUUCUCUGUGUCACCCAAGGAAGUGCUGCCCUUCGCCUUCCCGUCCUACAGUCCUCCUCAGGGCUCCAACGAGUUGGCUCCUGAUGGCCUUGGACUGGUCCCAAUUAAGCCUUCAGAAGUUCAAAUCAAGCAGAGUUUUUCCUUCUUCAAUUUGCAGGUUCCUCAACUGUACAAAAUUAAGAGGUAUCAGCCUUUCUCUGUCCACAAAGCUUCAACAAGUUACAGACCUCAAAAACUUGCUCGAGCCCUGAAGCAAGGAGCAGAGGAUGAGGUCACCACCAUCAUAGCCCUCCCGAAACAGGACUCCAGACCUCGGCUCUCUGGAAAGACCUCAGUCUUGAGCAUGAAGCCACCAGAGGCCUUAGCCAUGUCUCCAGACUAUGAUCCCCUUUAUAUUUUUAAUCCCAACCCAGGAUUAUUUGCUGUAAAGCGCCCUCUGACCUACAUGGAAACUUUGAUAGAUUACCAUCUGUGCUCUCACCCCAAGUACAAGUUCACCAAAGAGACCCAUGAUGGAUCCAGCAUUCCUGUCACCCAAAAGGAGUUUCUUCAUCACACGGACAUUAUUCCUGGAAUAAUGCACUGGAAGAGGUUCCAGUCCCUGGUUCUCUCCUCCCUGCCCGAAACCUCUAAGGCGGAGACGACACCAAGCUGUGAUUCCUUCAAUUCAGUCAUGCUUCCUGUAGACGUCCCUGCCGUUCUUGAUGCCUUACCAGAAGAAGACAGACUAGAAAUAGUCGAACGUGAGCUCUGUGAACAGAAUGUAGAAGUUAUGUUGACUCCAGAAAUUAUCCAGGUGGAAUUCCCCAUGUUGGACUAUAAGGACACCAGGAAGGAGAAAGAAGUGAAAGACCAAGCACAACCAGCAGAGAACAUGGGAGAAAAAGUGCUCGAGGAGAUGAGGAAUCUGCAGGGCAAAGCUCUCAACACGUACCUGAUCCUACAGUGAAAAUCGCCAGCAGGGCAGUGUCUCUCAUUUGCUUUCUGUGUUCGCUGAGGUCCCUGGUGUCCAUUUACAUUCCAACCAUUUUUGGAAUUACAAUUCCUAGAGAAAAAUAAUUGAAAUGUGGAUGAUGUAUAUAUUUUAAAAUUAUACUUUUUCUUUUUAAAAAUAAAAUGUCAU